AUGAAUAGCAACGACUGGCAGAGAAUCGCAAAAGAUUUGCAAAAAAGAGCCGAAGACAUUUCCAAAUCCGCAGGUGGACCAGGCCGCCAGGGUUUCAGACCUGGUUCGGGAGGCUCACCGAAGGGUGCUUUGUUCGGUGCUGGUGGCCUUGCUUUAGCUGCUGCUGCUUUUUUCGUGGUACAAGGCUCCCUAUACAAUGUCAAUGGUGGUGAAAGAGCGGUUAUUUACGACAGGUUGACAGGUGUCAAGGCGGAGGUUGUCGGAGAAGGUACCCACUUCAAAAUUCCAUUUUUACAAUUCCCAACAAUUUAUGAUAUCAGAGCUAAGCCAAGAACAGUCGCCUCCUUGACUGGUACUAAAGACUUACAAAUGGUCAAUAUCUCAUGUAGAGUCUUGUCCAAACCUGACAUGCAUGCAUUACCAACAAUUCACAGAACCUUAGGUAAAGAUUACGACGAAAGAGUACUUCCGUCUAUUGUGAACGAGGUGCUUAAGGCUGUUGUUGCUCAAUUCAAUGCUAUCCAAUUGAUUACUCAAAGAGAGAAAGUUUCUAGACUCGUCAGAGAAAACUUGGUUAGAAGAGCUGCUUAUUUCAACAUUUCGUUGGACGAUGUUUCUCUUACUGCUAUGACAUUCUCUCCGGAGUUUUCCACUGCCGUUGAAGCUAAGCAGAUUUCCCAACAAGAUGCCCAAAGAGCAACUUUCGUUGUGGACAAGGCGAUCCAAGAAAAACAAUAUAUGGUUGUUAAGGCUCAAGGUGAGGCCAAAUCCGCCGAAUUGAUUGGUGAUGCUAUUAGGAAAUCCAAGGAUUAUGUGGAAUUGAAAAGGUUAGAAACUGCUAAGGAAAUUGCAGAAAUUUUAUCUAAGUCUCCUAACAGGGUAUUUUUGGACAACGAAGCAUUGUUGUUGAACACUGUCACCGAUUCAAGAUCAAAAAAAUAA